CAUUUAAUGAGAGUAGUUCCCUUAAACGACAGUGGUCCGGUUUAUGGGUGGGGGGAAACCUGGCAGAGCAUGGAGGAAACCUGGCAGAACACGGCGGAAACCAAUGCACCAGACGAAGUUACUCACUUCAACUUCUGUCGUGGCUGGUCGUGACCGAGUGGUUAAAAUGGAUACUCAAGGCCAGGAACCUCAAAUGAAAUGGAAUUUACAUCACCGAAUAUUUUUACCUAAUUCUGUAUAAUCCAUGGUGCCAGGAGUGUAUAAUUUUCUACUUGUACAGUUUUUAUACAGCUGUUAGAAAGCUACCUAUCUAAGACUGUUUUUUUUUAUUCGUCUUUUGUUGUCUGAGUGGUUGUCUGAGUACUUCCACAGCUUUGAUCUUGCAAACAGUCUAAAUGGCAGAUAAAUUUGCUCCUUUCUCCUAAGACGGGCAGAAAAGCAGCAUGUUGCUAAGUUUAUUGAAGAACCACUCUUUUCCAGCGACUUCUUGCAACACGUCACAUUUUCGCGUUCAUGGCCGUCUUAAAGAUUCUAUUUCAGAAUGGCGCAUCAGGCGGUGUUUAACCAUGAGCGGUUAGCUGAAAUUCGUCAUCAUCAUUUACUGGCAAGGAUGACUCCCAACUAUGAAUAUAUUCCAUUUACACGUGUCGAAAACAUGGAGCGUGGUACCGUCACCAUGUUGUUAGCUGUGGUACUUGCUCUCGUGGUCCGAGAAGUCAGUGCUCUUGCCCUAAAUCCCUUUACCACUCCUCCUACCAAAAGUGUUGUUAAUUUCUGGGGUAGAUUGAAGAUCGACUGCGGGGUGUCUGUCUGGUCGGCAUGGGGUCCAACCAACAGUAAAGGUUACCGGAUCCACACACGGACUAUUCUAAGGCACCCACAAAAUGGCGGAGCUCCUUGUCCACCACUCACUGAAACUGACUGGGAUCCAUGGUUUAACUCAAGCAUUCAACAAAAGGCAUUUCGAAUGGAAGAGAGGCUGAUAUCCGGACAAAACACCCAGGGGUAUAGUUUCAGGACCAAACGGCAGGCCAGCACCAUUAAACCACGUGACUUCCUGUUUAUCUUGGACAUGAGUGGCAGCAUUAGCAGUGCGGACUACGCCAGGGAGAAAGACAACAUCGCGAAGCUCAUCGGUGUGAUCUGUGGAACGAUUGGCCCCGGAAACGACAACAACCGAGCAGCUGUGAUCACCUUUUCUACCGACCCCGUGAUAAACUUUGACUUCAAUGACCACCUUAACUUGGCUGAUCUCCAGGCCGCCGUGAGAAAUUUACCGAAAGUCUCCAAAAGCACUUGCACAGGAAAGGCGCUCGACCUGGGGCAGACGAUGUUCGUCGCCAGCAAAGGGGCACGUUCAGACUUCAUAUCCGAGAAAGAAGUGGUUGUACUGACUGACGGUAAAAGUAAUUGUGGCCCGAACGCCGUCAACGCCGCUCUGGCUCUGAGGAACAGUAGAAGACCGCCUCUCCUGCUGUUUGUGUUCGCCAUAGGUAACCACAAUGCCGCUAGUCGGCAGGAGAUGGCAGCCAUGGCGUCUGCUCCGACGUCUUACCAUCUUUUUCACUUCACAAGCUUUAUACAGUUUGAGCAGGUUGUAGAUUUCAUAAUAUCCAACCCAUUCGGCUGCGCACCCAUCGAAGUUGGUCGUUAACUCGCAGAGGUCAUUGUGCAUACUCCAACACAAAGGAUGCGCCGCACGUGCUGAAAGGAAAAUAGCUUCUUCCGUUGGGCCUUUUUUUUAAUCGUUAUUAAAGGCGUUCCCAGAUUAAUUUAGCAUCUCAGAAAAGUAUCUGAGGUGGUCACAGCUCAUGUAUGUACCGCAUCUUUUCAGGUUAUCUACAUAUAUCACAGGUGGAUAAGUUAGACCAACACUUUAAAUGCGUCUUUACUUUCUAAGCCAUGUAACAGUAUAAAUCUUACCCAUUUGGCUGUUCCAUCAAUCACCUCCUCUGUCAAACUGGUUGUUUAAGUAAUCCUGACACGGUUUGUAAUAUGGUCAUGGUAUCCGUGGUGACCCUUUUAAAAUACUCAUCGAAUAGAUGAUUUGAGAUCAGAUUAUUUUAUUAAAUUAGAGAGCACCGAUUUCCCACCAUUAUGGUCAAUGUUGAAUGAUCCUGUUUCAACCUCUUCAGCAGAUUCGACGGUGGUACGCAUCCAGCGCUCUAAGCCUAUAGCCUAUACAUUUUGAAGUAUGCAAAUAAAACAUUUUUCCUGCAUGGUA